AUGAAGAACUCCUUUAAAGACCACAAGACCGAUCUCUACGCCAUUUUGGGAGUUUCACCCCAUGCUUCGGGCACUGAGAUCAAGAAAGCAUACCACAAAAAAGCACUUCUUCUCCAUCCUGACAAACUGCCACCUGGUUCAUGCCAUGAAGCUUUUACGAAAAUUCGGAAUGCCUACGAAACCCUUUCUGACAAAGCAGCUCGAGAGGCCUAUGAUUUGAGAAAGAAACAUCCGACACAGUCCCCAACGAGCAGUACAAAGUCAAGCUCUCAAUCAUCACACCACUCCGAACAACGCCAAUCAAAACGGACGGGUGAAAAGAAAGCUCACAGAACUGCCAGCGCUAGUGGUCAACAACAGCACCAAUACAAUAAUCAAUAUUGGUAUUCUUCUGGCUCAGCCCCAAAGAGUAAUCAUGGUGCAUAUACAUACGAACAGAAUCAAGGCCCGACUACUGGCGCUUCAUCUCAGAAAACGAAAACUGACAAGAAAUCAUCGAACCCCUUUGAUUCCCGGGAAAAGACAGCUUACGGAGCUUAUGGGGCUUCCAAUACUAGUGGAAAAUACAAUCAGUACAACCAUCACGAUUUUUAUUCUUCUGGGUCAGCUCCAAAGGAUGGCCAUGGCCAGCACAAAGAAGGACAGUAUCAAAACCAGAGUUCCGGCACUUCAUCCAACCCAUUUCAGUCUUCAGGAAAGAAAUCUUAUGGAACUUCCAACGCAAGUGGGCAAAAAUAUCAUCAGUACAAUUAUCAGGAUUGGUAUUCUACUGGCUCCAUGCCAAACGGGAGUCAUGGUCAAUACAAACAUGAACAGUAUCAAGACCCGACUUCGAGUACUUCAUCUCAGAAACCAUCAAAGAGAGCUUAUCGAAAGGAAACAAAGAAAGACCGAAAAGAUAGGCCAAAGAAAUAG